UGCAGGACGAAGGCCCUUCCCGCCACGGCCGUAAGAACCUCCCUCCCGCUCCCGCAAUAACUACUACACAACUCCAACUCGCGCCCACACGGCCACACCACAGGACCACACUACAGGCCGGAGCGAGCUGCCCAGCCCAUCCAUCCAUGGACGCGAGCCUCCGCACGCUGCCCCCGGCCGGCACCAGCAGCUUCCCGGGCGAGGUCCGCUCCGCCGUGUCCUCGCUGCUGCUCUCCUCCCCGGGCACCAGCGCCCUCGACACCGUGUUCUCGCACCUCCCGCCGCCGGUCACCAUCCCGCCGCUCGGCUCCAGCGUCUACUACCGCCAGUGCGAGCUGCUCCGCCACUUCGCCGCCUCACAGUCACAGCCGCAGGCGCGCCAGCACGCCGCCGCCUGCUCGGCCUCCUCCUCGUCGCCGUCCUCCGCCGCCGCCUCCAGCUUCCAGUUCCAGCAGUCCGUGCCGCCCGACGACAUGCUGCGGCAGAAGCUGUACCGCGGCGUGCGGCAGCGGCAGUGGGGCAAGUGGGUGGCGGAGAUCCGGCUGCCGCAGAACCGGGUGCGCGUGUGGCUCGGCACCUACGACUCCCCCGAGACCGCCGCGCACGCCUACGACCGCGCCGCGCACAGGCUCCGCGGCGAGUACGCGCGCCUCAACUUCCCGGGCGCCAUGGACGGGCCGGACCCGGACUGCCCCGAGCACCUGCGCCACCUCCGCGCCGCCGUCGACGCCAAGAUCCAGGCCAUCCGCGCCCGCAUGGCGCGGAAGCGCGCGAGGGCGCGCAGGCAGCGCGAGGAGAGGGUCAGCGCCCGGUCCGGCUUGCAGGCCGCGUCGGAGGGCGCCGCGACGACGACAACGACGACGACCACCUCCGAGACGUCGGCGGCCACGCCGUGCGGGUCGCCCGACGGGGUGCUGUCCGUGAGCGCCGCCUCGGGCGUCGCCGACUGCCCGCUGGAACGGAUGCCGUCGUUCGACCCGGAGCUCAUCUGGGAGAUGCUUAACUUCUAGCCGGCCGGCUAAUAACCGCGUCGAACGGGAAACGAAUCGGUUGGCAGCAUGCAGAAGGACCAUUGCUUCGACAUGGCUGCCCCGCGAGAGCUCGUUCGUUCGUAGACCUCGCAUCUAGCGCUGUUCCUUUUCAAAUUACGGUCUUACGUAUAUAGGGAGUAUAAUAUAACCAACGAUUCCCUAUAUUUUAAUACAGGGGAAAAUUAUACCAUGAGCAAUAAAAACGCCCGACAAAACCGGGCCUAAUAGCCGUGAUUAGUAGU